GGGAUGUGGGAGGUGGUUUCCGCCCCGCAGACGGGGUGGGGCGAGUGUCAGUCUCGGUGCUGGGAUUGCGCUGCCGCUCGGUGGUGGUGUUGUUGUUGUGGUGGUGAGGAGGAGACGAAAGGGGCGAGCAGCGGGCGACGAAAAUGGGCAACUGUCACACGGUGGGACCUAACGAGGCUCUGGUGGUGUCAGGUGGCUGCUGUGGAUCAGAUCAGAAGCAGUAUGUCAUUGGAGGAUGGGCCUGGGCUUGGUGGUGCGUCUCGCAGACACAGAGGAUGUCCCUUGAGAUUAUGACGCUUCAGCCCAAGUGUGAGGAUGUAGAGACCGCAGAGGGGGUAGCUCUAACUGUCACAGGGGUCGCUCAGGUGAAGGUAAUGACUGAUAAGGAUCUGUUAGCUGUGGCGUGUGAACAGUUCCUUGGGAAAAGUGUACAGGAGACCAAGAGUGUGGUGUUACAAACCCUCGAAGGACACCUCCGAGCGAUUCUGGGGACACUGACUGUCGAAGCCAUCUAUCAAGACCGGGACCAGUUUGCCCAGCUAGUGCGUGAAGUGGCUGCUCCUGAUGUCGGCCGCAUGGGAAUCGAGAUCCUCAGCUUCACUAUCAAGGAUGUUUAUGACAAAGUGGAAUAUCUCAGCUCACUGGGGAAAUCACAGACAGCGAUAGUGCAGCGCGAUGCAGAGAUAGGAGUGGCAGAAGCCGAGAGAGAUGCUGGAAUACGGGAGGCAGAGUGCAAGAAGGAAGCGAUGGAUGUUAAGUACAGUGCUGACACCAUGAUGGCUGACUCCAAGCGAGCAUUUGAAAUGCAGAAGGCAGCCUUUAAUCAGGAGAUAAAUAUCAAAAAAGCUGAGGCCCAGCUGGCUUAUGAGCUGCAGGGAGCCAAGGAGCAGCAAAAGAUCCGUCAGGAGGAAAUAGAGAUCGAGGUGGUGCAACGCAAAAAACAGAUAGACAUCGAGGAAAAAGAAAUCUCCCGUAUGGACAAGGAGCUGAUUGGGACGGUGAAGAGACCAGCAGAGGCAGAAGCCUUCAGAAUGCAGCAGGUCGCUGAAGGCCAAAAAGUGAAACAAGUGCUGAUCGCCCAGGCUCAGGCUGAGAAAAUCCGCAAGAUUGGAGAGGCCGAAGCUUCAUCGAUUUCAGCCAUUGGCAAAGCUGAUGCUGAGAGAAUGAGACUGAAGGCAGCAGCUUACCAGCAAUAUGGAAACGCAGCCAAGAUGGCCCUGGUAUUGGAUGCUCUUCCAAAGAUUGCUGCCGAGGUCACCGCUCCUCUUGCAAAGACUGAUGAAAUUGUGAUUCUCGGAGGAGACAAUAACCGUGUUACCUCAGAGGUCACCCGCUUAUUGGCAGAGGUCCCUGCAUCUGUCCAUGCUCUUACGGGAGUCGAUCUAACAAAGGUACCUUUAAUCCAAAAAUUAACCAACGCCCAGGCCUGAUCAUGAAAAAAGCCACAACAAAUUCAGGAUAUUUCUCCAUAGAAAAUACUAUUCCACAGACCUCCACCUCAGAACACUUGAAUAAGGAACUCCUUUUCUACUGAAAACUUGUGCGAUUUUUCUUUUUUAAUUUUCUUUCUGUUUUGAUUUCUCUUUAAAACCUCUGGUGCCUUAAUUUAAUCCAGAUCAGAUAUUCAGUCCAUACAUAGUAUUUUUUUUUCUUUCUCCCUUUAUAGUCUGCUCUUUCACCUAGUUGUUUUCUGUUCGUUGCUGAUCAUUUAAGAACAAAACUGAUUCUGAUGUCCAUGUUACAGGUUGUCUGGAGGGGGUUCUUCACCUGUGGGGAAAGUCAGCAUUUGAAGAGUUGUCCUUGCUCUCCACUAGCCGAACCUUGUUCCCUCGUUGUUAUAGCAGUGCCAUUACCAAUCCCAGCCCAAUAUGCUGUUACUGUCAGGUUAUAUUUUUUUAGGCCAUAAUGAUGUCAGCAAUGUUGUUGGUGAGGGAUAUGAUUUUAAAGAAUUCUUGGAGUGCAGAAGGAAGCCAUUCACCCCUUCGGCCCUUUACCAGCCCUUUUAAAAGAUUUGGGAGUGGAACAAGUUGAACCAACUCAGUGUCUCACUUUGUUCCCAAAUACUUACAUUUUGAGUAAAACUCAAAUAUUUAUACCUUUCUGGCUCUGAAGUGUUCUUUUUGUUUGUUUUUUUUAAUUUAAGUACCAGUGAGUGUCCUGGGCAUCUCUAGACUCCAAUGUGUGAAUCUGUAACAUGGACACAGAAAGCAGAGUGUGACAAAUUCUGAAGCCAUAAGUAAAUCCAGCAAAACAGUAUCCCUUCUGCUGAAGGGAUCUUGACACAAUCAUGUAAAGAUAAUGCCAUUGUGAUGUUGCUAAUCUGAUUUCUGUUUUCAAACUAAUUUUAUUGUGUCCAAAGAAUGGAUGGAAUUGAAUAGUGGUGGUUGUCAUGGGUUGGUGUGUAGAGGAUAAUUGUGGAUGUUUUCCUGGAGUGUAUAUUGAGGUAUGAUCGUCACUUGCUGAACUGCGUGACAUUGUAGGUCAAAAUCUCAUUUAAAACUGCAAUUCACAGUGGAGUCUGGUAUAAGGUGCACAGUGUACAAGAAUAACGUUUAUGGGAAUGAUAACUAUUUUGUCUUGGCUGUUGAGUGUCUUGUGUGGUGUACCUAUGACUACAUCACACAUGUGCCACAAUAUGAUCUCCAGUUGAUUUAACAUUGAAUUAAAAACUGUCCUCUACUCACCAGCAUUCAGAAUAUUCCUUUAACUCUCUCCCCUGCUGGGGAAAUGUGAGUGCACAAGUACAAGUGAUCGCUUUCUGACUUGAAGUGGAACUGCCACUGAAAUGUACCUUUUGGAGGUUAGAGAGCACAUUCUCCAGUGUGAGUAAUGGCUCCACACUUCAAUCAAUGACGCAUUACAGCGACUUGUCCAAACUACUGCCAUGAUGUCUGUCCCAGGAAGACUUGCAUGCAUUGACGGUAGCAUUACUGAGCCUCAUCAGAUCAAAGUUCUUCAUCUGUCAUGAAGAAUUGAGCUUUAUAUUCUAAACUGGUUGUCAAUCAAGGGGUUAAAACCACAGAACAGAGUACAGAUUGCAAACAGCACGGUACUGGCUGGUCUCUAAGAAAAGUCUUAAGUUCAAAUGAAAAAGGUAGAAGUCAUGGAAUAUUAUCAGUGAGUUUAUAUGAGGUUUGUUUGUAGCUGCCGCAACUUAAAUUAGUGAGUUUAUCUUAAAUGAAUCAGUGACUUGUUAAAAAAGCAGAACAUGAGACAAACUAGUUAUCUUUUGGUUACUGUGUGAGGCACAGUGUGAUUCCACUCACAAAAUAAUCCCCUCCCUCCCUAGUUAUGGUCCAUGGAGUUGCAUAGUGGGGUUAUGUACAACCUGUGCUGUCUAGUUACAGACUAUGCAAAUUCUACAGUGCAGGCUGCAGCAGCCUUUUGUAAACCCCCAGACAUUAAACCCAAACUCCUGUGGUACAAGUGGCACACUCCACCAGGACGGGUGCUCUCAGAUAUGCCCGUUUUGCAAAACGUAUUCUGGAAACAGAAGCCUUAAUUCACAUCACAUUCAAAUGGGGGUGGAGGAAAAAUAAUUGUCGCCAAACUGAAUUAAUGUAUGCAGUUCAUUUUCUGCCCAAGUACUAAACUUUAAGGUCCAGUCCCAUUGGGUAUUGUUAUCUUCCUUCAUUCUGAGGCUGCUCAUUGUGUCUAACUUUCUCCCCUUUUCUCUUGCACAGUAAGGGUUAGUAUCUUUAAUGUGGUUUUCUUGUCUUUAAAACUAAAACUGAGUUUGGUUCUAGGUAGGAUGGAAUUUUCCUUUCAGUCGGUGCAGACAUGUAAUUUGUGGGGUAAUACAUCUGUCAGGCUGUUUGAAAUUCACAACAAAAGGUUCAGAGACUUGAGGUUGCAUUUCUGUUCAGGUAAAACUCCCAGUAUGUGAGGAAAUCCAAGAGUAACACUGAGCCAACGGGAGACUGUUAACUGGAGAGUGGCCACUGCCUUGAACAGGCCCAAAGUAUUGGUCGCAUGUUUUUUUUAUUGUGUGGACAGCUGGAAGUAUCUUUUUUAAAAUAAAUAUUUUUAAAUUUUAUCUCAUUUCUUUACUUGCUAGAAAUGAGUUUGCUUCAGUACAGUGGGUGCAGUUGUUUGAGUCAAUCAAAAUUUAUGGGUUAAAAAUAAAUCUUUUAUAGAAAAAAACACAAGUAGAAAAAGAGGUGAAUUUAGUCUAUUUAAUAUGUCCUCUUCUCAGUUCUAUAGAGUUAGUGCUAAUAUUAUGUAAUCAAUACCAGUGAUUGUUCAUGUAAUCACAUUUUAAGGUGGAUUUAUAUCCAUCCUAGUUACCGUGCAGUGAAUAUUAUAAACACUAACAUUUUUCUUUUGUCCUGUUUACCUGUUUUCGUCAAUUCUUGACUGAACAAACACAAAUACUAUGUCAGUUUGCCUCAUUUGGUAGUGUGCACACCUCCAACUUCAAAGUUUGGUAACUCAAGCCACACAACGUUUCAGCCAAUAAUUUGCAGAAGUGCAGUACUGAAGGAAUGCAGCACUGUCUGGGAUGCUGUUAAAGCAAGGCCCUGUGGUGAUCGGUACUUGAAGCAGUUAGAGACGUUUGAGCAAUGAGGUGCCAUAUAAAUGUGAGUCACUACGUUUAGGUUGUGUUUAUUUACCAGGCAGCAGAGAUUCCAGGCUGGCUGGCUGAUUGUGUGUGAGCUUUCUGUUUUUCUUUCUGGUCUUGGUUGAGUAGACACUGGAGGAAUGCAAAGGUAGGGGACCAGGGCGGUAGAGUUUCACCCAACAGGUCUCCCGAGAUCCCAUUAGUGAGAUCAGCACGCUCACCCUAAUAUCCUGUUGUUUUGAGAGCACAGCUGAUUGCACAGCAGUCCCAGAGUGAGUGAGUGUGUGUUGGAAUUUCAUGGGCACUGAAGCACAACUUGACUCAGUCCACCUCUAAUCCCGUGCCAUCGUUCAGAGGCCAGAGCAGGGUUAAACAUGUUUGAAUGUAGCCGCAGCCCUGAGUCUCUCAUGUAAAUAUUACAAAAUCCGAACCCUGAAACUAAGAGCUCAGGUUUAAAAAAACUGAACAGAUUGCUUGCUUUAUUGCAUCUGCCAAAUGCAGCUUAUUUAAGUGAAUAAAUGUCUGUAAAACUAAGGCUGUGAUCCUCCUUUCUUUCUUUAAAUAGUUGCUCCAGAGCUUUACUCCAUGUCCCUUUUGGAAGCAAAAGAUUUUCAUUUGAGCUGUUUGCUCCAUUGUUCCUAGCCCAGCCGAAUCCCCCUUUCCUGCCAACUCUCCAGUUAACUUGUGGAUGUUGCUGCAGUGCUAAAUUCAAUAUUGACACAAUUCGAGGCGGGGGGAGACUGUACAAAAUAAAAGGAAUAAGACCACGACAGGUUUCAGUAUGUACAACUUGUUCAAAUUGAAAUUCCCUUAUCAAUUUAUAUAGGAACAUAACUGCAUAACGUUGGUUGCUAGACAGAGUUUAUCAGUAAGAUUGUGGUGGGAUGUGUUUAAUUGCUGGUUGUAAAAGAUUAUUUCAGCAACUGCUUAGCUUACUGGUGAGAUCAUGCUUCAAAUGCUGGAUGUGGAAUUUUUAAUACCCAAUUCUCAAAGUAUAGGAUAUAACUAACACUCUGAUAACAAGGCAGGAACCCAGCACUCAGGGGCCUGUAUGUUAGGAACUAAUGUACAUUUUUAUUUUGUAUUUAACAUUAUUCAGACUCUGCAUGAAUGAAUAAUAAAGGUUUGGGUGAUUUUAAUUGUAUGAAUAAUAUCAAUAAAGUGUCUGAAAACCUGA